AUGUGCCGCCCAGCAUCCAAAAGCUUGGACUUGGGGAUUCUCUCGCUUGCACACAUUUGGAGCAAGAAGAAUAUGGGGGAGAAGAAAGGGAGAGGCGACCUAAACGGCUUUCGGAUAUACCUCGAUGAGCUCCGACUCUCACAGGUCGAGUGGGAUCCUUGGAGGGUGGUAGGGCCAGAGCCCGAGUACUUGGCUAGAAGUAGGGUUGUGACGGCUAGCAGAGUGUUGCUAGAGUCUGCCUUUGGGGAGUACACACUGGCUGAGCUGGAGACAUUUACGCAGCCUGACACCGACCUGACACGCCACUUGCGUCCCAACGUGGACUAUGCAACAUACCAGAGGGAGCGUUUGGCGGGGCCGCUGAGAGUCCGGGAGUUCAGAGAGGUCCGGAGUCAGGCUCAUGGAGCUGCUGAGGAGAUGAGGGCAGUAGGAGAGAGACAAAGUGGUGGCGAAGGCUAUGUGAGACGAGGCUUAAGCGGACCAGUGAGAGGCGGGCCACCAGAGUUGCUGUGGAAGAUAGCAGUACCAACUGAGUCGGCGAACGAAGUUGUUCGUCGCAUGCUUGCACUGGAGAAUGCAGUAAGAAGAGCGGCAAGUGGUUUGCCAUUGGACUUGCGCUAUCCAGCGCCAACUCCAUCAUCGGCGGCUCAGAGAUCUCAGGCACAAAGGCAGGCGGCUCCUAGGAUGAAGAGCGCUAGAGACCCUCCACAGAAGAAAUUGGCAGAAAGGGCUCCACCUCCUCCGGUCACUGCUAGGCGACAGACGAGAGGCCCACAGCCCACCACCACGAGUGAGGAGGUAGCUCGAGAGGCUAUGGUGCGCUCAGAGGAGCGGUACCAAAUCAAGAUGCGCCAGAGGCCCUCGCAAGAUGAGCCGGUCCGUAAGAAGCGACUAAUCAUGCCUGAGGUCUCUGAGGAGGAGAACGAAGAGGAAGAAGAAGAAGAAGGAGAGGAAGAGGAAGAAGAGGGACAAGAGGGGUCGUCUGACGAUAGCAGCUCUAAUGACACCACAGACGAUCCCGGAUACAAGCAAGAUCCUAGAGAGAUGGACGACGACGACGGCGGCGACGGUGAUUGGCUAGGAGAGGAUUGA